AUGACUCUAUUGUAUACUAUUCCCGUUACACCAUGCCUUCAUACGGUACACGCCGGAGAAGUGGCAUGGCCUAAAUCCCAUCGUUGCUGUUGCAUCUCAUAUCAGGGAUGCAACGUGACAGCACUGGACAUUCAAGCCUUGGAGGUAUCAGAUAUACAAGGGGAGGCUUACUCCCGGCUACACAUCCUUAAAGGUGACGUCACGGACGAGGAAUCCGUCCGAGCCAAUAUUGCGCAGGCCAACAAGCGAUUCGGGCCUGUCAACAUCUUGAUCGCCAAUGCAGGUAUCACAGAUGAAAGCAAAGACUACCCUAUCUGGGAACUACCAGUGGAGACAUGGGACCAGACGUACCGAGUCAAUGUCCGAGGAACAUUCCUGACAAUCAAGCAUUUCUUACGAGCAGCACGAGUGUCUCAACAGACGCUUGGUAAAGAACUGGAUAACCUAGCUAUCGUGUUAACGGGGAGCGAAACGGGCAAGUUUGGUCAGGAAGGCCAUGCCGAGUAUGCAUCUGGGAAGGCUGGCCUGCAGUAUGGCUUGGUCCGGAGUGUGAAGAAUGAAAUAGUUCGCCUCAAUAGCAAGGCGCGAAUCAAUGCUGUUGCACCUGGGUGGGUAGAUACGCCCUUGAUAGAGGGCAGGCUUGAUGACCCGAAGGAGAUGUGGGCUGAGGCCGAGGCUACGGUACCUCUCAAGAAGAUCGCAAGACCGGAGGAUGUAGCCCGUACGAUGGCUUUCCUGGCCUCUCACCGCGCGGCGGGGCACAUAUCAGGACAGUGCUUAAGUGUCGACGGAGGAAUGGAAGGUCGCUUGAUCUGGAAGGAGAACGAAGCCGGCAAAGAGACAAAGAAUCAAAUCACUCACUCCGAGUCGAGUAUAGUCCAAUCAAUUCCAAGGGCUGUAUCAAAGCUCAAGCAGAACAAAAUCCGGAUAGCCGUCUCCAUUGACCUAGACGCAGUAUCCGGAUGGCUAGGGACAGGUAAGCCAUCUUUUCCAUUUUUAAGCGAUCUACAAAUGCUAACCAACCCCCUACAACAACCAGGUCAACACCCCGACAACAUCCUCGCGGACUACUCUUCCGGAUUCUUUGCUGCCAAAGUUGGCGUUCCCCGUCUCCUACGGAUGCUCAAAAAGCUCAACCUAGCCGAUCGUUGCACCUGGUUCAUCCCAGGCCACUCUGCCGAGAGCUUCCCCGAGGAAGUGCAACAGGUAGUCGAGUCAGGCUGCGAGAUAGGACUUCACGGCUACGCCCACGAAGGAGCAUACCAAUUGACAGUCGAGCAAGAACGGGACGUGCUAACCCGAUGUAUCGACAUUGCAACCAAACUGACAGGCAAGAAGCCCGUCGGAUACCGCGCACCUCUAUACCAACUGCGCGAGUCAACAUUAGACCUACUAGAAGAGUACGGAUUCGAAUACGACGCUUCCCUAACAGACCACGACUGCCACCCUUUCUUCGCCCCAAAACGUCCACCCCUCCAACCCAUCAAUUUCUCCCUCCCCGCCUCGACCUGGAUGCAUCCCAUCCCACCUACAACGGAAGACCGCCGGCCCCUCGUCUGCGUCCCCUGCAACUGGUACAUGGAAGACAUGACUCCAAUGCAGUACCUUCCUCACACGCACAACUCACACGGCUACAUCGAUGUGCGCGUGGUCGAGAACCUCUGGCGGGAUCGAUUCCUGUGGAUUCGUGAAAAUGAGGACAAGCCUAUCUUCCCCGUUCUGAUGCACCCGGAUACCAGCGGCAUGGCGCAUGUGAUUGGGAUGCUGGAGCGGUUGUUGACGUGGUUGAAGGGGUGGGGGGAUGAGGUUGAGUUUUGUCAAACGGGGGAGAUUGCUAGAUGGUUUAGGGAUAAGGAGUUAGGGAGUAGUGGGAGUUCGGAUUUGAAUUUAUUGUUUUGUUGA